AUGCGUCCGCCCUUGAUGUGUCCUGUGUGCCGUAAGGUCUUCCAGGGCAGGAACCGCCGCCAACACCUGAGUCACCACAUCAAGACACAUACGGGCGAGAAGCCACACAUGUGUCCCUUCUGCGCCCACAGAACCAGUCGCAGAGACCAUUUACGAGAACAUAUAAGAAGCAUUCAUGGGGUGGAUGUGGCCCUCUCCACCAUGUCUCAGCAUGACAUCCCAGUGGGCAUGUCGCUCGGCACAAAGGUCCCCAAAGUAUGCCCAGUAUGCGGCAAGUUGUUCAACGGGCGCAACAAGCAGCAGCACCUUCACUACCACAUGAUGACACAUACAGGAGAGAAGCCCUUUCACUGCCCUCACUGCCCCCACCGUGCGAACCGCCUCAGUAACUUGAAGAUCCACAUCAAAACAAAGCAUGGGACUCCAAACUAA